ACUGUCAUUUUGACGAAUGAUGGAGGUGUUGGAGAAUGCAGAAAUUAGAAAUUAUUGAUGAAAAAUAAUGUACUCUUCCAGUGAGACGUGUAAACAGUGAUAGCUAGCGAUCGUCUAAGUUAAUGUGUCGAUAGUAGUUACACAACAGCAGCGAGAUGGCGACGCAGCCGAGUGACCCGACGGAGUUUCCGCCCGAGAUCAUUUUGAAGCCCCUGGCGUUGGUUGGGCUCUCGGGGCUGGACACGGUGAACAACGCCGUGCACAAGGCCGUAUGGGACGCCUUCAGCAACAACCGCCGCGCCGAGCGCGCCGCCGUGCGCUUCAAGCUGUUGCAGAAUACAUUCGAAUUUCCCGUAGUCAAGCCAAAGCGGAACUCUUACGAAUGGUACAUCCCUAAGGGCAUACUCAAGAAGAACUGGAUUCACAAGCGCGUGGCUCUCGUGCCCUCCGUUGUCGUGAUUUUUUAUGACAUGGAGUGGACUGACCCCCAGUGGAACGAGAAGAUUAUUGAGUGCGCGUCUCGAGUGCAGAGCAUCCGCGCGGCCGUGGAGGGCCACGCGACGCGCGUCGCCGUGGUCGUGGUGCAGGAUGGGCUCACACCGCCGCCAUCCGAGUACUUGCUGGGCGCCGAGCGCGCGCAGGCCCUUUGUGCCGCCUGCGAAAUUCAGUCAAAGGCACUUUUUGUACUACCACACAAUGACCACCUCAUGGGCUACAUAGUGCGACUCGAAAACGCAUUCUACGAUAUUGCACAGAACUAUUAUCAUCAUGAAACAAAAAACAUAAAGCAACACCGAGACCACCUCAACAAGACCACACACCAGUAUCUUUUUGUGAGACACCAAUUUAAGUUAGGCUUCCUGAAUGAACUUAAACAGGACCUGAGUACCGCACACAAGCACUAUCUCCAUGCCUACAACAACCUGCUGGAAACCAGAGCAGUUGACACCAACAUGCAUGAGGUAAGAACUGUAGCGGGCUACAUCAACUACAAGCUCUGUAAAUUACUAUUUGCCUUAAAUAUGGCAAGAGAUGCUAUAGCACAGCUCAAAACACACAUUGAGAGGUAUAAAAAUAGAAUUGGCCCUACAGAGCUGCUAUUUGAACACUAUGCAUGGAUUGCGAGACAGUACAGUGCCUUUGGAGAGUUGUUUGAUGAAGCAAUACGUGCAGGGCUUCCAGCAAUACAGUCACAACACCCUGGCUUCUAUUACCAGCAUGCGGCUCAGUUCACAGUGAAGAGGAGACAGGCAAUGCGGUCAGUUUGUGCCGAGGUAACCCAGUAUCCUCCGGCACCUGAUCCUUUAGAGGGUAUUGUAGAGUUUUACGGGCAGAGGCCAUGGCGGCCUGGCCGUCUGAGUGCCGACCCUCAUGAUCCACAGAGAGAGCAAGCAGCUGUACAGGCACUGCAAUACAAUGAAAGGAUCUUCAACCACUCUACAGUUGUCAUCAGUUUUCUAGGUAGUGCUAUCUCGCAGUUUAAGACGUUCCAUUCACCGCGCAUGCGAAAACAGCUGGUGGUGGAGAUGGCGAACGAGUACUACUACUGCGCAGACUACGGCAAGGCGCUGACGCUGCUCAGCCACAUGCUGUGGGACUACCGGCGUGAGCACUGGUGGUUCCUUGCGUCGCACGUGCUAAAUCGCGCGCUACAGUGCGCGUACCUCUCUGCUGUGGUGCAAGAUUACGUCCAGCUAUCUCUUGAAGCCUUGUCUAAACACAUUCAAGUGCCAAACAAUGAUAAGGACAGGAUAUUCAAGAAUAUCAUGGCUGUGCUUAAUCUGGACGUCCCCUCGGCAGAGCCCGACCUGCCCGCGGCGGCUGCAGCGCGUGCUGCCGACCUCUGGCAGGCAGCAGCCGACCGCGAACCAUUUGCCGUCAAUGUCGACAUGGCGAGCAUAUCCAGCGUCUUCGAGGUUAAAACCAAGUUCACCCAGCAAAAAUAUAAAAUGGACGAAAUUAUCGAGAUCGAAGUUUACGUGCGACUCUCUUACGCUACCACGCUCGAGGUCAAGAGAGCGUUAGUUACAGUUGCGAGUCGCACGGAGACUAUCGAGAUUCCCAUAACGGACGGCGGCAAUAUCAUUACUCUAGAAGGCGGUAAAGUAAAGAGGUUCUUGUGCCAAUUCAAAUGCAACUCCAAGGACAAUGGCACAGACAUUACGAUCAAAAAUAUUUCGUUUGCAUUAGACAAUGAUAAGAAACGGAAAAUCGUCAUGAACUUUAAAAUGGAAGAGAAUAAGAACAUGGAAACAGCUAUACACCCUGAGCUGCUACAUUUCAUACAUAGUCCUAAAGCUGAUUACGAAUUCGAUAGCAUCGUGCCUUCGACGAUCGCCCACAUCGUGGCGCGCGAGUGCCGCCUGUCCAACAGCGUCAGCAACCAGAGCCCCGCGCUGCAGGGCGAGUGGUUCCCCUCCACCUUCACCAUAACAAACGACGAAAACACAUCCGUUUACGACGUCAAAAUCACAGUCUCAUUGCUUAGCACUCCUGAUAAUCAGAACCCUGAGACGGUCACCGAGCUGAGCCUUAUAGAGGGACAACCUCAGACGCAGCCUCUCCAGAUAUCACCCGGGAGCAUUGAUAAGUCCUCCACACACUCCAGCACAUUCUUCUUGAAGACUAACAGAACUUCCACAACCACAGUCCAAAUAAAAGUCUCGUACUUCAUUGAUCUUCCAGAAGUCUCCAAGCUAGAAUGUGUCAAGGACUUUACUACAAAAAUAUCCAUAGUAAAGCCUUUCGAAGUUUCUACAAACUUCGUUGCUAUGAACUUCAAACCUAUCUCUAAGUGCUUUAUAGAUGACCCUCUGAUUGUCAUGCCUAAUGUUAAAAUCCUAAGUCCUUGGGAUCUGGUGAUAGUAGAUACGGAGCUAGAAGUAGUUGAUUGCUUCAGAUACGCUGAUGAGGGCAAACUGCAGUCAUGCAUUAGUAAUUUAGAAGUAGCCGAGAAAAAUACGGCUGUGGAUGCUAUCUGUAUUCAGGCAAAGUACAAGCCCAAAGAUCAUCCCACUAGGGUGGGGUUGUAUAAUAUCAAAUGGCGGCGGAAAAAUAACACAAGCGGGCACUGUGUGAUGAGCAGUACUGCCUUAUCCAGCCUGCCUAUUGAAGAGUGUCCCAUAGCUGUAGAAGUCAAAUAUCCCGAAGUAGUAGAGCUACAGACUUCAGUUCCACUAAAGUGCAUAUUGUAUGGAAAGUCAAGCAGCCCAGUGAGGCUCAUGCUGACAGUUGAGGGGUCUGAUGCUUACAUGUUCUCGGGUUAUAGGAAGCUGUCAGUUACUGUGCCCCCGGGCGAUUGUGUAGAGGUGUGUUACAACAUCCACCCACUGGUAGCUGGGAACACGUCACCCCCGAGACUAAAAGCAGCCCUGGUCGGUGACCACCCUGGCCAAGACGCGCUCCGGGAGAUGUUUGACAAAACUUUUCCUGAUAAUAUAUUUGUUAUGCCUAAGUACAAGAAAUAAAAUCUAUGAGAUGUUA